AUGUUAGUCUCCUUGACUGUUGGCAAGGUAGACGCAGGCGUCGCCGUGCUCUUGACCCAGGACAACCGACUUAUCGAAUUCCCCUCCGUCCUACUCCCAAACAACAUCACCUCCGGCAGCAUCGUCGACAUCACGGUGUCGCGCAACCAUAAUGCCGAAACAGCCAGUGCAGCUGGAUUCCAGUCCCUCCAGAAACGUAUCCUCAACACGUACGGGGUCAAGACCCCCUCUCCUCCCGUCUUACGGCUCAGGAACGCAACCCAGACUUCCUUGGUCCUAGAAUGGGAUCCGAUCAACCUGGCCACGGCGUCACUGAAGUCCCUUUCCCUCUACCGCAAUGGCUCCAAAGCCGGAUCGAUACCACGACCCCUCGAGACCCGGAGUACCAAGAUCAGCGGCCUCGCGAUCCAUUCCGAAUACACCUUCCAUCUGGUCCUGCGCACCACCGCAGGCACCUACCAGUCAGAGAAGCUCACGUGUCGGACUCACAAAAUGACCGACCUAUCGGGAAUUACAGUCACAGCCGGAGUGCUGCCCCCCCAGCAGAAAGAUGCCCUUGCUACAGCGCUGGACCGCAUUGGAGGCAAGCUAAUCGACUCCGUCCGUAUAGAUACGACCCACUUCGUCUGCACGGAAGGGAGGGGCCCGCUGUGGGAGAAGGCAGUUGAGAUGAACAUCCCCGUUGUGGUGCCUGAAUGGGUGGACGCUUGUGAGGCCGAGGGCACGAUCGUGAGUGUCCGCGGCUACUAUCUGAAUGCCGACCCCAAGGCCAGGCAAUUGGGCCUUAUCCACGGAUCAACGCAGCAUCAGCGCACAACGUCCUCUGUCACGUCCACCAAUCCGCAAACCCCGUCGCAAUCGCGACCCAGUCUCCAACCCCAACGUUCACAAGAGAGUGGACAGCAUACGAUCGGUGAACCACCGGUAACUCCUUUUCCCGGAGCUGGCAUGAGUGGUCAGCCGACAGCUGAAGAAGACGAAAUCACGUCGGACGAUGACCAGUCGCCGCCCCGUCCCCCUCCCAAGGAUGACGAGCCAGAGGAAGCCCAAAAGCCGUCGUCCAAUGGUGAACAGAACGGGGACAUCGAACCUAGCGAGCCUGCCUCUCCUCCAGAGGAACAGGAGAAGGAUGAAGAGGAAAUGGAAAAGGGACUAAAAACGGUAAAAGGUAAAGAAAAGGCAGCAACGGUGGAAUAUGACCAAAAGGGGGAUUCGACAAGUAACGAAUCCAACCGGGACCAGGGAAAAGAGGGCGAAGGGGACUUCAAUGAAGUCCCUCUUUAA